UAAAAACACACAACAAUAUUGUUUAAAAUUGUAAAAUUUGUAUAUAUGUAUUUCUAAAAUUAUUUUAAUAAAAUAUAUUUCAUAUAUACGUAAAAGUGAAUUUGAAUUAAUUAAUAAAAUUAGUGAAAAUUAAAUUAUUUUAAUUAAUUACUGUGCUCUAUAAUAUUGUAUUAUUUGUAUUAAAAAAUUUUUUUAAUUUAAAAUUUUCAAAUUAAUUCAUUUUAAUAUAGAAUUUUAUUUCCAUCUUAUCUAAUUUGUGAGAAUUGUAACUGAGCAAGAUGUGUUCCAGGAACUUAAAGAUCUCUGUGGUGCUAAUUUUAGUAUUGGUCCCUUUAAUUUCAACCGUACCACAUAGUAUGUCCAGACGUAAACGUGACACUUUUUUUGAUUUAGAAUGUAAGGGUACAUUUAAUAAAGCAUUGUUCUAUCGAUUGGAUCGUAUAUGUGAAGAUUGUUAUCAGCUAUUUAGAGAAACAACAGUUCAUCGAUUAUGCAAGGAAUCAUGUUUUACUACACAGUAUUUCAAAGCUUGCGUUGAUGCGCUUCAUUUAAAUGAUGAAAUUGAAACAAUUAAAUUUAAUGUGAAACAUUUAAAUGGCGUCUCUUGGACACCUCAAACGCCAUCUCAAAGCAAAGCGUAGUUGUUAACUGAAAACAAUUAAUUAAAAAAAAAAAAAAUAAAUAAAAAUAAAAUGUUUAUAUAAAAUAAAAAAAAAUUAUUUGGAAAUUAUGUGAAAUAUUUUUUUUUUUGAAAUUUUAAAAAUUUUUCUUAAAAAUUUUUUGUUCCUUUCAAAAUUAAAACAAGAAAACAAAUAAAAAUUGUGUCUUAAUAAAAACAAAAGUCGAACUCGCA